CGGGAAUCCAGAGCAGCCUUUCACUGAUCUGGGCUACCCUCUUCAGUUUUUUCGUGUCCUGGACAAUCCAGGUGUCUCUACGGCCGCCUCUGUCACCCUGUGAACUGCAGGUACCGGGAGAUUUGUAGGGACGACACCGGGACAUCCAGGAAGCUGGGAAAUGGAACUAUUGACCUUCAGAGAUGUGUCUAUAGAAUUCUCUAUGGAUGAGUGGGACUGCCUGGACCCUGCUCAGCACAAUUUGUAUCGGGAUGUCAUGUUAGAGACCUACAGACACCUGGUCUUCCUUGGGCUUGCUGUGUCUAAGCCAGAUCUCAUCACCUGUCUGGAGCAAAGGAAAGAACCGUGGAUAGUGAAGACUCACCAGACAGUGGUCAAGCACCCAGUUAUAUGUGAUCAUUCUACCCAGAGCAAUUCAAAAGUGCUUGGCGUGAAUAUUUUAUUACCAGUGAUAAUCCUGAGAAGAUAUGAAAAAGAUAGCCCUGAGAAUUUAAACUCAGUAAAAGACUGGGAUAGGGCGUGUGAGUAUAAGCAGCAGAAAGUAUGUUACAAUGGAGUGGACGGAAGUUUAUCAGCUAUGCAUGGUAAAACCUGCGAAUGCAGUAAAUGUUUCAAAGUUGUCAGAAAAUUAUCAAAUACAAAUAGAUGUAAGAUGAUAUGUACCAGGGAAACAACAUUGGAAUGUAAAAAAUAUGGGAAAACCUUAAAUCUAUGCUCAAACUUUGGUAAACAUAAGAUAAACCAUUUUGUGGAAAAGCAGUACAAAUGUAAAGAUUGUUGCAAAGUCUUUAAAUCUUGCUCAAGACUGUCUAAGCACGGGGUAGUUCAUACUGCAGAGAAAAUUUCCCAUUGUGAGAAUGAUGACAAGCGUCUUAGCCACAGCUCAAAAUAUUCUAACUAUAAGACAAAUUAUAAUGUGGAGAAGCCCUGCAAAUGUAAAGAAUGUGACAAAUCCUGUAACGAUGACUCAUCCCUUUCUGUACAUAAAAGAAUUCAUUCUGGAGAGAAACCCUACAAAUGUGAAGAAUGUGGAAAAGCCUUUCACCAGCACUCACACCUUUCUGUACAUAAAAAAACUCAUUCCGGAGAGAAACCCUACAAAUGUGAAGAAUGUGGAAAAGCCUUUAAACAGUACUCAUCCCUUUCUAUACAUAAAAGAAUUCAUUCUGGAGAGAAACCCUACAAAUGUGAAGAAUGUGGAAAAGCUUUUAAUGACGCCUCAACCCUUUCUACACAUCAAAGAAUUCAUUCUGGGGAGAAACCCUACAAAUGUGAAGAAUGUGGCAAAGCCUUCACCCGGUACUCACACCUUUCUAUACAUAAAAGAAUUCAUUCUGGAGAGAAACCCUACAAAUGUGAAGAAUGUGGCAAAGCCUUUAAGGAUUCCUCAAACGUUUCUGUACAUAAAAGAAUUCAUUCUGGAGAGAAACCCUACAAAUGUGAAGAAUGUGGAAAAGCCUUUUACAAGCACUCACACCUUUCUGUACAUAAAAGAAUUCAUUCUGGAGAGAAACCCUACAAAUGUGAAGAAUGUGGAAAAGCCUUUAACCAGUACUCAACCCUUUCUGUACAUAAAAAAAUUCAUUCUGGAGAGAAACCCUACAAAUGUGAAGAAUGUGGAAAAGCCUUUAAGCAUUCCUCAAAACUUUCUGUACAUAAAAGAAUUCAUUCUGGAGAGAAACCCUACAAAUGUGAAGAAUGUGGAAAAGCGUUUUACAAGCACUCAAACCUUUCUGUACAUAAAAGAAUUCAUUCUGGAGAGAAACCCUACAAAUGUGAAGAAUGUGGAAAAGCCUUUAAGAAUUCCUCAGCCCUUUCUGUACAUAAAAGAAUUCAUUCUGGAGAGAAACCCUACAAAUGUGAAGAAUGUGGAAAAGCCUUUAAGCAUUCCUCAAAACUUUCUGUACAUAAAAGAAUUCAUUCUGGGGAGAAACCCUACAAAUGUGAAGAAUGUGGCAAAGCCUUCAACCGGUACUCACACCUUUCUAUACAUAAAAGAAUUCAUUCUGGAGAGAAACCCUACAAAUGUGAAGAAUGUGGCAAAGCCUUUAAGGAUUCCUCAACCCUUUCUGUACAUAAAAGAAUUCAUUCUGGAGAGAAACCCUACAAAUGUGAAGAAUGUGGAAAAGCCUUUUACCGGCACUCAAACCUUUCUGUACAUAAAAAAACUCAUUCCGGAGAGAAACCCUACAAAUGUGAAGAAUGUGGAAAAGCCUUUAACCAUUACUCAACCCUUUCUGUACAUAAAAGAAUUCAUUCUGGAGAGAAACCCUACAAAUGUGAAGAAUGUGGAAAAGCCUUUUACCGGCACUCACACCUUUCUGUACAUAAAAAAACUCAUUCCGGAGAGAAACCCUACAAAUGUGAAGAAUGUGGAAAAGCCUUUAACCAGUACUCAACCCUUUCUGUACAUAAAAAAAUUCAUUCUGGAGAGAAACCCUACAAAUGUGAAGAAUGUGGAAAAGCUUUUAACAAGUCCUCAACCCUUUCUAUACAUCAAAGAAUUCAUUCUGAGGAGAAACCAUACAAAUGUGAAGAAUGUGGCAAAGCAUUUAAAUAUUGCUCAAACUUUUCUGUACAUAAAAGAAUUCAUUCUGGAGAGAAACCCUACAAAUGUGAAGAAUGUGGCAAAGCCUUUGCACAGUGCUCACACUUGUCUGUACAUAAAAGAAUUCAUUCUUGAUAGAAACCCUAUGAAUGGCAACAAUGUGGCAAAUUCUUUAAUCACUACUCACACCUUUCUGUACAUAAAAAAAAUUGAUUCUGGAGAAAAAGGUUACAAAUAUGAAUACUGUGGCAAACCCUUUUACUCAGAGUCAAACCAGCCU